AUGAACAGAUGGGGACGGAAGACGACUCUGUUGAUCUGCGGUGCCAUCAAGUUGUGUCUGGGUCUGGCAACCGCCUUUGUCACCAACAUGUGGAUGUUCAUCAUGCUGCACUUCGCAGUCGCCAUGGCAGCCUCUGGCAUGUACACCGCCUCCUUCGUCCUCGUGAUGGAAGUGGUGGGGUGCAAAUGGAGAUCGACGAUCGGAAUCGCCUUCUGUUUUCCCUUUUCCAUUGGCUACAUGAUGUUGGCAGGAUUCGCCUAUUUUCUCAGGGAUUGGUACAACCUACAAAUCGCUAUCACCAUUCCGUCUGUUCUCACAGCCAGCUACUGGUGGUGCGUCACCAAGCACUCGUUCUACUCUUCGCUUAAUAUAUGA